AUGAAGAAAGGGAUAGCAUUCGAAUGGACGCCCGCAUGCGAGGAAGCCUUUAGACACUUCAAGGAAAUCCUGGCGGCACCCCCUGUGCUCGGAAAGCCAAAGGCUGGGGAGCCAUUAUAUCUAUACCUCGCCAUAACAGGAGAAGCCCUGGCCGCGGUUCUAGUGCGAGAAGAAGGGAGGGCUCAACAACCAGUCUAUUUCGUGAGCAGAGCCCUACAAGGGGCAGAACUAAGGUACAACAAACUGGAAAAGCUAGCUCUGGCACUCUUGACCUCUUCACGGAGGUUAAAACAAUACUUCCAAGGUCACCAGGUUGUCGUAAGAACGGACCAGAGAAUCCGACAAGUACUUCAAAAACCUGAUUUGGCGGGAAGGAUGAUGACUUGGUCCAUUGAACUUUCCCAAUAUGACAUACGAUACGAACCCCGGCAAGCAAUCAAGGCGCAAGCGAUGGCAGAUUUUCUAGUAGAAGUAACGGGAGAUCCAACCGAAGAAACGAGCGCACGGUGGAAGCUCCACGUGGACGGAGCCUCCAACCAGACGUCCAAGGGCGCCGGGGUCAUUCUGGAAAGCCCAGCCGGGGUCGUAUACGAGCAGUCAGUCAGGUUUAAAUUUCCCGUCUCGAACAACCAAGCAGAAUACGAAGCCCUCAUAGGAGGCUUAGCCCUAGCAACGGAAGUCGGAGCAACGAGGUUGGAAAUAUGCAGCGAUUCACAAGUCGUCACCUCCCAAGUAAACGGGAGCUACCAAGCCAGAGACUCAUUGUUACAAAAGUACUUGGAAAAAGUCAAGGAUUUGAGCCAAAAGUUUGAAGAGGUCACGAUCCACCACGUGCCCAGAGAAAGAAACACACGGGCAGAUCUCCUAUCAAAACUGGCCAGCACCAAACCAGGAGAAGGUAACCGAUCUCUCAUCCAAGGUAUGAUGAGGGAGCCGGCGGUCACUCUGCACCUAUCAAGGCUAGGCCCCUCAUGGAUGGACCCCAUCACCAGCUUCUUAGAAAAUGACAAACUUCCCGACGACGAAAAGGAUGCCACAAAACUGAGAAGGGAAGCGGCCAAGUACGCGAUUAUCCAGGGACAGCUAUUCAAGAAAGGACUCAACCAGCCCCUACUGAAAUGCCUACACCCUGACCAGACGAACUACGUCCUCAGGGAAGUCCAUGAAGGUUGCUGCGGACAUCACAUAGGGGGCAAAGCCUUAGCAAGAAAGUUAAUCCGAGCUGGGUAA